AUGGCUCUUUCAAUUAAGGAAAUGCCUCCCCAAGACGAACAAUUCGAACUGCUUCUGAACGCUAUCGACUCAGCGUCGCGUGAUACACUCCAGGCAGUUCUAAAGGUCAUGUGUCGAGGUGAUCAAUCUACCAGGGACCGCGUCUCGAAAUCACUUCUCAUUACCGAAGACCAAGUCCCUAUAAUUGCAAGUGAGGAUGAAGGAAGUGAUGGAGAGGAGAGUGGGAACGAGGAGGAUGCGGAAUCAGAGGAAAAUUCACGGUCCAAGGAAAGAAGGUUGAACCAGAAAUUUUCAGGCUCCAAGCGACUUCGACAACGUUAUGCCUAUUGCGAGAACUGUGACAAGGAGUUUGACGUCACGCAAAAUACAAAUACCAGUUGUAAAUUUCAUCCAGAUUACUGCCACCCCGAUGGAGAAUUUUUUGUGGACGAUGACCAAUAUGAUAAUGGUGAUUAUGAUAAUGGGGAGGCUCUCGAGGAGUUCCCAGAGGGUUAUAUCUAUGAGUGUUGCGAUAGACGUGCCGACGAGGAGCCCUGUACCGUUGACAAGCAUCGCGAGCGCAUAUCUACUAAAAGACAAAGGCUCUACUGA